UGCUGCUCGAGCUCGUCCCGAUAAAAACACCGCGGAGGAAGAAGAAGCGACGACAUUUAAAAAAAACAAACCGCUGCUGCUUCUCGUCCUCCGCUCCGGUUUCCAACAAACAGCCACGGACACUUUUGUAACCCGUUUUUAGCUUUUAUAUCUCCUCUUUCGAACGUUUUUUUGUGUUACUACCUCCUGGUUUUCCUCCACUGCCAGCCGGCUGACUUUGACGCAGUAUGCCUUCAGAAAAAACCUUCAAACAAAGAAGGACGUUCGAGCAGCGAGUAGAAGAUGUGCGACUGAUCCGAGAGCAGCACCCCAACAAGAUUCCGGUGAUCAUCGAGAGAUAUAAAGGAGAAAAGCAGCUGCCCAUCCUGGACAAGACCAAGUUCCUGGUGCCUGAUCAUGUUAACAUGAGUGAACUGAUCAAGAUUAUCAGGAGGCGCCUCCAGCUGAACUCCAACCAGGCUUUCUUCCUGCUGGUCAACGGCCACAGCAUGGUGUCGGUGUCGGCCGCCAUCUCCGAGGUGUACGAGCGUGAGCGGGACCAGGACGGCUUCCUCUACAUGGUUUAUGCCUCCCAGGAGACCUUCGGCGCCGCCCAGUGAACGGCCUUCCUCCUCCUUCCAUCCUCCCUGGCGAUUGGACAAUUGUAAUUUUUAGCCUCCCCCCCCCUCGUCCCCUGCUGCACACCUUUAGUCUCGACUGUAAGAACAAAACAAACAAGAAACACAAACUGCUAAAAUCCAAACACAGCAUUUGUUAAUUUAUCUUUAACGUUACAGCAGCAGAUAGACUGUUUGUGUAUCGCCACACUCACCCAGUAGCAAAAAGCCACAAAGGGUUGAAGCAGAACAGCAGAGUUUAGGUAGAGAAACCCCCAAAGUCUGACGAUGACUCAGGCCGGGAGAGUCUUUCAGUGUGUGUUGCUUCGUCCUCUCCGGUUAAAAUCCCGUCUCGUACGCGACGACAGUUCUGUUCAGUGUUGUGGUGUCUCCUAGGCUGUAUGUCUGUUAAUGUAUAUAUACACAUUUCAGGUAGUGAUGUUACGUACAGGUGGUGAGGAUCCACCACUUAUCUAUCUACAUAUAUAUAUAUAUACAUAUAUAUAUACAUUAGAUACCCAACAAAGCCAGCCUUAGAGGCAAGGUUUCUGGAGACGAGGGCACGAGAGAGAGAUUGUUUUUAACCGAGGGUUUUUACUGCAGUUGCAAAAUGUAAAGCUUUAGGGAUUUUUUUUUUUUUUUUUUUAGCCGGAGACGUUUUAAAAAUUAAAUGUUAAUCAAGCGCAUCUCUGCUGUGUCUCGUCACAUCCCCCCAUCCUUCGGUGUUUUUAAUCCCUCCCUGCCUUGUAGCCUGAAAGCAUCUUCACUGUAACAGAAAAGGAUGUUAGGAAAAAAAAAACAAAACGCUUUGCUCUGAUGAUUGUAGUUUGCAACAAAAAAAAAGUUUAAAAAAAAAAAUGCCUUGGUGUACAGAUAAUAUUGACUAUUAAAGGGGUUCCCAUCAGAGUGUAGCCAAGUUGACUUUGGAGACACUACGAGGAGUGUGGUGUGACUGCAUGUGUGAAUGGAGGACGAGGGGAGAGAGCGUCCUCAUCUUCUUUGUUUCUUUUACCAAGAGUAACUUUAAGGAAUGGCAGGUUGAUGAGCAUCGCGCCUGACUUGUCCAUCUGUGUUUCCCCUUUGAGCCGCGGGGCUGAUUUCCCAGAGCGUCGCUGUGGUUUGCAGCGACUUCUGACUUGACAUCUGCCCUGGUUGGUUUUUAAAGGGCUGCACUGCUGAACAUCCUCGUCUGUCUCCUCCUCACCGUCUUCUUAACAAGUUUGAGGUUUUAGCUGCUUUGUAUCGCAGUAUUUUAUCUUUUUUUUGGUUCUUUUUAUUUAAUGUGAUUUUUAUCUCAUUGUCUCGACUCUGCUCCGUCUGCAGUUAUGUGAAGGUGACUUUAUUUUGUUCCCGACUAGUCAAAGCCACUGUGUGUUGGUUACAGAGGGGUGGAGCAUUUGUUUCAGUGCUGUCUUUUCUGCCUGCUCCUCGGUUUCAAACACACACAUCCACACACAGCAAUAUCACACAGCCUCCUUUAUGUAUUUAUGUUGGUAUUUUGUAAACAAUAAAAGGAGAAAAAAAAGA